AUGGCCGCACUCCUCCGUCUCGUCGCCCUCCUCGCGCUCGCCCACACCCUCGCCGCCUCCCCGGCCCCCGCGGCCGAGCCCAGGUCGAGCGACUGCACCGGCACGAUCUCCUCCCUCAACGACGUCGCCGCCGCGGUCAAGUGCACGACCGUGACCAUCAACGCGUUCACCGUCCCCGCCGGCGAGACCUUCAGCCUCUCGCUCCUCUCGGGCACGAAGGUCACGAUGAACGGCGAUGUCACUUUCGCGGUGAAAAACUGGGCUGGCCCUCUCUUCCAGAUCAGCGGCACUAGCAUCACUUUCAACGGCAACGGCCACACCUUCAACGGUAACGGCGCCUCGUACUGGGAUGGCCAGGGCGUCAACGGUGGUGUCACCAAGCCCGACCCCAUGAUGAAGAUCAAGAUUUCCGGCACGUUCACCAACACCAAGGUGCUCAACUCGCCCGCGCGCGUCUACAGCGUCUCGAACCCCGCGACGCUCGUGAUGUCCAAGCUCACCAUCGACAACUCCGCGGGCGACGCCGCGAACUCCGCGUCCGGCGGCAAGGCCGCGGGCCACAACACGGACGGGUUCGACGUGAGCACGACGGACCUGACGAUCGAAGACAGCACGGUGCACAACCAGGACGACUGCCUCGCGAUCAACAAGGGCAGCAACAUCAUCUUCCAGCGGAACUCCUGCACCGGCGGCCACGGCAUCUCCAUCGGCUCGAUCGACUCGGACGUCACCGUGUCCGGCAUCCAGAUCCUGAGCAACACCAUCACCAACAACGACCAGGCGCUCCGCAUCAAGACGAAGGCGGCGGCGUCGGGCUCGACGGUGUCCGGCAUCACCUACUCCGGCAACACCGCGACGGGCAUGCGCGAGUUCGGCGUCCUCAUCGACCAGAGCUACCCCUCGACCCUCGGCACCCCCGGCACUGGCGUCAAGCUCACGGGCGUGAACUUCGUCGGCAGCACGAACUCGAUCUCCGUCAACAGCGGCGCGAAGCGCGUGGCCGUCAACUGCGGCUCCGGCGCGUGCACCGGCAGCUGGAACUGGUCCGCGCUCAAGGUCUCCGGCGGCUCCGCCGGCACGAUCAACUACUCGGGCAUCCAGAACUACUCGCAGUGA